CAUAACCGCAUACGGCGGUAAUUAAUGGUUAGCCUUGUUUAUACCAAGGUGAAUCUUAGUCGAUCUCCUCAAAUCUCCAAUACUGCUUUAUGUCAGGCAGUCCUCCUAUUUUGUCUACGAUCGGCCACCUAACAUCCUUAAUCGCAUGCCGUUUGGGCUCCCUUAUUGAGCUGGGCCGGCUGACCUUCCUCCUUGGGCUUUAGGCCUGAUACCUCUCAACCAUGUGGGCCCAUCAAUUUCCCCAUAGGCAAGAAAAUCUUUGGGUUUUGGUAGUUAUGACUUUCCUUUUAUCGUGUUGAGCUAUCUUUCUUUCAAUUAACCGCUACCCCAUACUCUUGCCCAUGGCCGCUCGAGAAUCUAAAAUGAACCUCCAAGGGAUGCUGUCCACACUAACUUCAACCACCUGCGAGGUCGACCCUUCUUUUUUCCCUCUUUCAUCGUCCACGAGGUCAGAUUUGACAUCGUCCACUAGGGUUUUUCCUCGGUCAUCAAACCAUCACAUCACAGCUACUCUUGCCCAGGUACCGUAUCUAGCACUCGGACUUCCACCGCAUGCACAACUCUUUGUCGCUCAUCCUCUAAAAUUGGCGGCGAAUCCAGCGGCCCUACUGUCGGCGUUAAACUAAUAGCUCAAGGUAUGCAUGAAACUUUUUCACCAUUUGGUAUUUCUUAUAUAGAAUGGGAUUUGGAGAAUAUUGACCUUGUAUGCGGUUACAGGAAUUAUGGCGACCCUGUGGAGAGUCUAGGAGGUCCUAUGUUUGGCCUUUUAGGGUUAGAUGGGAAUGCAUUAGCCGAUACUGGGACUUCACCAGCUUUGCGGGGGGCAUCCUCGACGGUUGGCGACAACCUGCGUGACGUCAACUCUUCUGAGUUUGGCGACUUUGCUAGUGACUCUCCUCUUACCAUUUCUUUUGGGCCACCCAUUGCUGACUACACAUACCGCGUGCACUUGCACAAGGAUAUGCGGGACGGAGAAGAAAUACCAUCGCAUGUUUUCAAUCAAAAAUCACCGUACGUAGCUGCUUAUCAGCCAUCUCAAGUCCUCCCUUAACUAAAGAAUCACGGUCUUCCCCCUGAGUGGGAUUACACGGCUCUUUCUCCCGCUGGGUGAUCUGGUUCUUGUCCUGGUUCUUGGAUUCCUAUCCAUGUGGAGCAUAUCAAGAUGGAUUGUCAAUUCCCACUUGACACCUAACUGUCCCAAAAUCUUCUGCAUCUCAAUUCCACACUUGGGCGUCUUUCUCCCUGUAUUAUUUUUCAAUCCACAACUUUUCAGGUAGCCUGCAAAAGAUUGGGGGUGGAGGCUUCGUUUGAUGCCUUCCACCUCUUGUAUACAAUGCGCGAUUCAGACAACUGUUGGUCGUGCUACAGGCGGGAGACUCGUGUGGGCUUUGUCUACGGCACGCCCAAGUUAAAUUUUCCUUGGUUUAAAGAAUAUUUCUUUCCCACCCCACUCGAAAGUGGUAUUCUGGUGACGUAGACUGGGUUCACGGUUGGCGGUAAAGAGGAUUGGAACGCGAACCUUGUUUCUCUCGCACCCUUCAAAGAACUUCUCAGACGAAUAAAGGGCAUCAUAAUGC